ACGAAUGAGAGAAGGAAUUAUCUGAGAAUUUGUGAUUUGGAGAGAGAAAAGAGAUCUCCUAGUGGUGAGGGAAGCCGUUAGUGCUUUGGGUUGAUAGCUUUCACUAUCAAUACAUUCUAUCUUUGUUUUAUCUGUAAUUUGUCAUCUUUUUUCCAUCAAUACAGCUACAGCUUUUCUCUUUUUUCUGUGUUAUUCUGCAUUUUUGUUAUAUAACCCAUCAAUUGGUCCGACCUGCCGGAUCAAAACACACAGUGUGACGAAGAUUGUUCAUGACAAGGAUGGGUGACAGAAUUGAAGCUCUGGAAACACAGGUUGAGAAUGUGACAAUGACGCUGCAAGAGCUUGCUUUGCAAAUGCAACAACACGCUCAACAAAUGCAACAACAGAGCAUUAUCCUGACAGAAUUAAGCAAGCAGAUUGGAAAGAAGACAGUGAUGCAGGGGGAGAACUCUAUGGAGGAUUCAUCACAGAGUGAGUCUCGUUUUGCUGGGAAGAAGGUGAAACUACCCGUGUUUGAAGGUGAUGAUCCUGUAGCGUGGAUUACGCGCGCGGAGAUUUAUUUUGAUGUUCAAAAUACUUCAGAGGAGAUGAAGGUGAAGUUGUGUCGCCUGAGUAUGGAGGGAGCGACGAUUCAUUGGUUUAACUUGCUCUUGGAAACAGAGGACGAUCUAUCGUGGGAAAAACUAAAGAAAGCAUUAAUUGCUCGAUACGGAGGCAGACCGCUGGAAAAUCCUUUUGAAGAAUUGUCAACGUUGAGACAAACAGGGAGUGUGGAAGAAUUUAUCGAAGCGUUUGAACUCCUCUCGUCGCAGGUGGGACGACUCCCAGAGCAGCAAUACCUAGGGUACUUUAUGAGUGGGUUGAAAGCCCAAAUUCGAAGGAGAGUGAGAACUUUGAAUCCUCAAAAUCGAAUGCAAAUGAUGAGGAUGGCAAAGGAUGUUGAGGACGAGCUGAAGGAAGAGGACGACGAUGGUGAAAGACAUUAUGGGAAGAAGGCGGUGGGAGAUCGUUUGGGCCGAAAUGAAUGGAGUGGGUCGGCGUCCAAAUUCCGGAGCGGGUUAAAUCAGGCCCACAAAGAUUCUACCCGAUUCUCAAAUUCGGGUUGGAGCAACCCGGGGCAGAAAACGGGUUCAACUGGGCCAAACCUUAUUUCCACAUCAUCUUUGAGUUCAACGGGAAAGAAAGGGGAAAACGACCGUCGCACGCUAGUUUCAGAACGGUGGAAGGGAGUUCGGAGUCUUCAAAACGAUGAAAUGGCGGAACGUCGAGCUAAGGGAUUAUGUUUCAAAUGUGGAGGAAAAUUCCAUCCCACUCUUCACAAAUGUCCUGAACGUUCCAUGCGUGUCCUCAUUUUGGGAGAAGGUGAAGGGGUGAAUGAAGAAGGUGAGAUUGUUUCCAUUGAAACUGUUGAGAAUGAGGAAGAAGACGAAGAUGUAGAAGCUGAAUGCAAAAUUAUUGGAGUGUUGGGAAGUAUGGGAGAAUUUCACACGAUGAAGAUAGGUGGAAAAAUUGCCGGCAUCGAAGUGGUGGUCUUAAUUGAUAGUGGAGCUAGCCACAACUUCAUAUCCCCAAAAAUAACCACUGCAUUAGGGUUACAAAUUACCCCUAUGGCAGCUAAAACGAUCAGAUUGGGAGAUGGUCACAAGGUUUUGUCUAAAGGAUUAUGUGAGGGAGUUAGGAUCAGUUUGGGUUCUCAAAUAUUUGUAAUUGAUGCUUUAGUGUUGGAGUUGGGAGGGUUGGAUGUGGUGUUAGGGGUAUCAUGGUUGAGUACUCUCGGGAAAGUGGUAGUGGACUGGAAGGAUCUUUCUAUGCAGUUUUUAUAUGAGGGAAAUAUGAUUAAUUUGCAAGCUCAAGGUAGGUUACAAGGUAAACAAGGGUGUUUACAAUCUUUCUUGGAGGAUAAACACAGGAGAGGUGGUGAAGAUUGGUGGUGGACUAAUCAUGAUGAAGUAGAGGCAACAUCAGAAGCUGGGCAUGAAGAAGUGACUAAGCUGUUGGGUAAAUUUUUUGAUGUGUUCCAAGAGAAAAUAACACUGCCUCCUGAAAGAAAACAGGUGCAUCAGAUCAAGUUAAUCCCAGAGCAUGGUCCUAUUAAUGUGAGGCCAUAUAGAUAUCCACAUCACCAAAAGGAAGAAAUUGAAAGACAAGUGACAGAGCUGUUGACUGCGGGAGUGAUUAGACCAAGCAUGAGUGCUUUUUCUAGUCCGGUAAUCUUAGUCAAGAAGAAAGAUGGGUCGUGGCGUAUGUGUGUGGAUUAUAGAGCCUUGAACAAAGCUACUGUCCCAGAUAAGUACCCCAUCCCUAUUGUUGAUGAAUUGUUAGAUGAGUUGUAUGGGGCAACAAUUUUUUCUAAGAUAGAUCUAAAAUCUGGUUAUCAUCAGAUUUGUGUCCAUGAAAACGAUGUUGAGAAGACUGCUUUUAGGACUCAUAAUGGGCACUAUGAAUACCUUGUUAUGCCUUUUGGAUUAAUGAAUGCUCCAGCCACAUUCCAAGCAACAAUGAAUGAUAUUUUUAGACCCUAUCUUAGAAGUUUUGUGUUGGUAUUCUUUGAUGACAUCCUUGUUUAUAGCCGGAAUGAAACUGAACACUUAGAGCACUUGAAGCAAGUGUUGACAGUUUUAAAAUUGCAUUGCUUUGUUGCUAACAAGGCAAAGUGCAAAUUUGGAUGUAAACAAAUUGAUUACCUGGGUCAUAUAAUUUCUGGUGAGGGUGUAGCAGUAGAUCCAGGGAAGAUCAGGUGUGUUUUGGAGUGGCCUGAACCUAAGAAUGUCAAAGGAGUACGUGGGUUUUUAGGUCUCACGGGCUAUUACAGAAAAUUCAUCAAGGAUUAUGGUAAAAUUGCUAAACCCUUGACUGAAUUGACUAAGAAGAAUAACUUUAUUUGGGGUAAAGAUGCUCUGGAGGCUUUCAAUCAUCUGAAGCAAAUCAUGACUACAGCUCCAGUACUAGUGUUACCUGAUUUCUCUAUUCCUUUUGAAGUCGAAUGUGAUGCGGCAGGGAGAGGAAUUGGUGCUGUCUUGAUGCAGCAGAGACAACCUAUAGCUUUCUUUAGCAAAGCUUUAUCUGAGGUCAAUUUAACAAAAUGUGUGUAUGAAAAGGAGCUUAUGGCUUUAGUCUUAGCCAUUCAACACUGGAGGCACUAUCUGUUGGGCAGGCCCUUUGUGGUUUACACUGACCAUAAAAGUUUGAAACAUUUUUUACAACAAAGGCUGACAUCACCUGAUCAACAAUGCUGGUUGGCCAAGCUUUUGGGCUAUCAAUUUGAGGUUAAAUAUAAGCCUGGGUUAGAGAAUAAGGCUGCAGAUGCUCUGUCAAGAUGCCAUGGUGAUAUGGAAUUUUCUGCUUUGUUGUCUUAUCCUACUUGGCUGGAUGGAGAGAAGCUGUUGCAGGAAGUCUGA